GUUUGAUUGGAACUACACCUAGUUCUUGCAAUAUUCCAGAGUAUACCAAGGCGGAUGAGCCAACUGCACCAUCGGUGUCGCUGGUUUUAGAUCCAGGUCAAUCACGCCCUUCUUUUUGUCAUCAUGAAAGUCGUUACUCUCUUCUCGCUGCUUGCGCCCCUGGGUGCCAAUGCGCAUUACAUCUUCAACCGUCUCAUCGUGAAUGGCGCAAAUAUUGGCGGAGAGUAUGCAUACACUCGCAAGAACAGCAACACCUACAUGCCAUCCUUCCCUAGCGAGCUGAUGAACUCCAACGACCUUCGAUGCAACAAGGGUGCCAAAGCGGGCAGCACCGCCACCUACACCGUCAAGGCAGGCGACAAGAUUGGGUUCAAGAUUUUCAACAACGAGUUCGUUGAGCACCCUGGCCCGGGCUUUGUCUACAUCUCCAAGGCUCCCGGUGCAGUCAACGAGUACGAUGGCUCUGGCGACUGGGUCAAGGUCAUGUCAAGCGGCCUGAAGAACCCUAGCUCCCCAGGCCAAGACACUUCGUGGGAGAGCUGGCAGAAGGACAGACUCGAGUGGACCAUCCAAAAGAGCAUCCCCGCAGGCGAGUACCUUGUCCGAGUGGAACAUAUCGGAUUGCAUCAAGGGCAUGAGGGCAAGGCGCAAUUCUAUAUCGAAUGCUACCAGCUCAAGAUCGAGUCCUCCGGCACGGGCACACUAGCACCAGCAGUCAAGAUUCCUGGGCUGUACAAGGCGUCGGACCCUGGCAUUGCCUUCAACAAAUGGAAUAAUCCGAAAUCGUAUCAGAUGCCUGGGCCGGCUCUAUGGGAUGGCAAUUGAGGCGGCAAGGGAUUGCAAGGGCUGGAUGUGAAAAUGCGCUAGUGAAGCUAGCGGGUGGUUAGGAGAGUACGAGGCUGGGAUCUCAGAGUGCGUUGUUUGUAAAUUUGGGUAGUCU